GGACCAAAACCCUACGUAAAACCCCUCAAAGCUUAGUCCUUUCUUCUCGGUCGCCGUCGCCGAUGCAUAAUCGCGGGAGACCCUUUUCUUCCCCCACAAGGCAUCCGAUUAAAGAUUAGCAGACCCAAUUCCUAACACCUUUAUCUGCAAAUCCCAAGUAAUUUCCUGUUUCGGUGUUACACUUACUUACAAUCAUGACAGGAUCAUCAACUGCAGCAGGAAUUUUUGCAGCCAUUGCUUCCGCAGCACUAGGCAUCGACCAUGUCUAUGCUGAUGGCCCUUUUAAUUUCUCUCCCUUCUCUUCUCCUUCAUCUUCUGCAUCGCCGGAUCCUCAAGUCAGUUCAGAACCCAAUGCGAAAUCUGAAUCAAUUGAGGAUGAACAACCACGGCGUGUCCGCAACGAACACCCGAGAACUACAUCUGCAGGGUUUGAUCCCGAGGCGUUGGAGAGAGGUGCAAAGGCACUGAGGGAUAUUGCCAACGCUCCUCAAGGAAAAAAGGUUUUCGAAAUAAUUAAAAAGAAGGAAGAGACAAAACAGGCUGAACUAACUGCAAAAGAAGCAGAGUUUAAAGCUAUGCAAGCUCAAGCAGUGGCGGAACGUCAAAGGGUAGUUUAUGAGGAGCAAAAGAAUCUGGCUCAGCAACAGGCUCAAAUAAAAUCCCAAAUGGCACGGUACGAGGAUGAGCUUUCAAGGAAAAGAAUGCAGGUAGAGAAUGAGCAGCAAAGAACAAGGAAUCAAGAGCUUGUGAAGAUGCAAGAAGAAUCAGAAAUUAGGCGUCAACAAUUUAGAAGAGCAACAGAAGAACAAAUACAAGCACAUCGUAGGCAGACAGAAAAAGAAAAGGCAGAGAUAGAACGUGAAACAAUUAGGGUUAGAGCUAUGGCUGAAGCAGAAGGGAGAGCUCAUGAAGCAAAGCUUGCUGAGGAGGUUAAUAGACGUAUGUUAGUAGAGCAAGCAAACGCUGAGACGAAAAAAUGGGUUGCUACCAUAAACACAACGUUUGAUCAAAUAGGAGGGGGUGUGCGCGCUAUAUUAACGGAUCAAAAUAAGCUGGUUGUGGCUGUUGCUGGAGUGACAGCUCUUGCUGCAGGCGUUUACACGUCAAGGGAAGGUGCAAAGGUCCUAUGGGGCUAUGUUGAUAGAAUACUAGGACAACCAUCAUUGAUCAGAGAAUCCUCUAGAGGGAAGUAUCCAUGGUCAGGAUUGUUUAAACGUGCCAAGGAUAUUCUUUCACGUGAUGCUAAUGUUUCGGCCUCAACAAAUGGAAAUGGGUUUGGCGAUGUUAUUCUUCACCCUUCGCUUCAAAAACGAGUUCAACAGCUCGCAGAUGCAACAGCAAAUACAAAAUUACAUCAGGCACCAUUCCGAAACAUGCUCUUCUAUGGCCCUCCUGGAACCGGGAAAACAAUGGCUGCUAGGGAACUUGCACGCAAAUCGGGACUGGAUUAUGCCCUUAUGACUGGAGGAGAUGUUGCUCCACUUGGUCCUCAGGCAGUGACCAAAAUACAUCAGUUGUUUGAUUGGUCCAAGAAAUCUAAUAAGGGCUUAUUGCUCUUCAUUGAUGAAGCAGAUGCCUUUUUGUGCGAGCGUAAUAAAACUUAUAUGAGUGAGGCCCAAAGGAGUGCACUUAAUGCCCUUCUUUCUCGAACUGGUGACCAAUCGAAAGACAUAGUCCUGGCUCUUGCCACCAACCGUCCUGGAGAUCUUGACUCUGCCGUGGCUAACCGAAUUGAUGAAGCCCUAGAGUUUCCUUUGCCCGGUGAAGACGAACGUCUGAAGUUAUUAAAACUUUAUUUGGAUAAAUACAUAGUUAAGGCUGGUGAAAGAAAAACGGGUAUAUUCUCUAAUUUGUUCAAGAAAAAACAGCAGACGAUAGAGGUAAAGGGUAUAAACGACGAUAUUCUUAAGGAAGCAGCUUCUAAGAUCGAGGGAUUUUCAGGGAGGGAGAUAGCGAAACUUAUGGCGAGCGUUCAAGCUGCUGUCUACGGAAGCACAAACUGUGUGCUUGAUCCGAGUUUAUUCAGAGAGGUUGUGGAUUACAAAGUUGUAGAGCAUCAGCAGAGAAGAAAGAUGGCUGAUGCUGAUGGUGGUAGUAUUUGAGAGAGUUGCUAUAGGUGUAAUUUAUUUUUGACAUGUUCAAUUGUAGAUUUCAUUUGUUAGUUUAAAGUUUUAUCAUUGUUCUAUAUAUUAGCAUGGAAAAAAUGCUAAAAUAAACCAAAUUCAGUGGGUGAUCUCAUGGAGAUUUUAACUUUAAUUACGAGGGUGAAAUUUUUAGAGGCAAUUUUGGCAAAAAGGUACUUCUUACCUCUAUUGGUGUUAGACAUUAUGAUGUGUUUUCAAUAUAACUUCAAAUUUGAGUUGA